AGACAUUCAGGUCUGAGGAAAACGCGGGAAAGAAGCAUUGACAUCGUCCUGCUGAACCAAUGGGCGGUGCUGAUCCGCAUGCGCGCGCACUCACUGGCGAACUGCACACUCGCGAGCGGCGUUGGUGUUGACGGUCCGUGAGUGGAUUCGGCUUGAAUAAUAUUACUGACCUACAUCUCUGAGACAGGCCUGCACAUUUGCGCAAACAUUUUGGUCGAAACGGCGAGCGCGCGGCACGAAACAGCAGGCAGGAUGAGCAAAGUCCAGGGCGGCAUGAAAUGUGUCAAAUACCUGCUGUUCGUCUUUAACUUCAUAUUCUGGCUGUCGGGCUCACUGGUGUUGGCUGUGGGAUUAUGGUUGAGGUUUGACCCAGACACGACCAACCUCUUAGACGAAAAUGAUGCCCCUGAGCACUUCUUCAUCGCGGUGUACAUCCUGAUCGGAGCGGGAGGUGUCAUGAUGUUGGUGGGGUUCUUCGGCUGCUUUGGGGCUGUGAGGGAGUCACAGUGUCUUCUGGGAUCGUUCUUCGCUUGCCUUCUUGUCAUUUUUGGCGCAGAGGUCGCUGCUGGAGUCUUUGGCUUUCUGAAUAAGGAUAAGAUCAUUCAGGAUGUCCAAAAGUAUUACCAGUCUGCUAUGGAAAUUAGCAACGGGACCGCUAUUACAUCCAUGUAUCACAAAGUGCUUGAAUGUUGCGGGACUGAGUCCUCUCGCCCUCCUGAUCUGUGCACUGAUGACAGUCAUGUCAAGAAUUGUGACAAAGCUAUAGAAGACUUCUUCAAAGAAAAACUCUUCAUAAUUGGAUAUGUUGGCAUCGGCAUCGCUGGAAUCAUGAUAAUUGGCAUGAUCUUCAGCAUGGUUCUAUGCUGCGCCAUUCGGAACAGCAGAGAAGUUAUUUAGGUUCCUCACGGUUCCCCUCUCAUCCAGUUGGACUGUUUCAAAGCCCACUGUCUUUGACCUCAUCAGACAGUCACAUUCAGGCUCGGGAAGCUGGUGGAGGUGGAGGAGCUCCCAUGAGGCAGUGUGGGUCUUGUGGUACUGUUUUGUGAUCAGCGUUCUAUUUCUGAUUGUUUCUGUCUUUUCCGCUCAUUGCAUUGUUUGAUGAUGACCUCCACUGCAUGGACUGCUACUGUAACUGCAUUAACCUUUAAAUUUUUUUUGUCUUUAAUUAGUUAUUACUGAAUCAUCACAAGGGGAAUCUUAAGUGUACAUCACGCUUUUUUAAAACUUGAUCUCCUUUAAUAGAAAGUAUCCCUUAAUAUUUCAGUUCCGACUUAAUGAAAAGACAUUUACUUGCUGAUGUAAAUAAGCUCCCGGUUGCCUCACUGAUCAACUAAUUUUCAUAUUAUUUUUAAUGUUA